GGGGGUUGGAGGGCCAGUGGGGAGGUGACAGCAGUGAGCAGGGCCCAGGAGGAAUGGGGAGGAGGUGGUGAGUGUGGGGAAGGGGGGCUCCCAGUUCAGAGAUGGUCCCGUCCCAACCCCAGCCCUGUCCCCUCUCCCCCCACAGAUGGCCGAGACGUUUGCAGAGAUGAGACAGGAGCUAAACAGGAGAGCAAUAGAAGCCUCCAGGAGGGAAUAUGAACAAUUUGUGCAGGAGCAGGACCGUGACCACCAGAGCACGAGCAGCUGCCUGAGGGUGAAGCCUGCGAAGAUGAAGCAACUGCUAGAGGGGAAACACCAGGAGCUGCUGGAGCGCUGCCGGGGGGAGCUGCGGGGCGAGGACCCCCAGAAACAGGCGGCCCUGGAGGAGCUGAAGCAGGAGCUGGACAGGCAGAUGGACCAGUUCCUGUCGGCCUACGGGCAGCGCUUUAAAAUGGCUGUGACAAAGGCAAACAGGAGAACAGUAGAAGCCGCGAGGAGAGAAUAUAAACAAUUUGUGCAGGAGCAGGUGAGCACGGAGGAGCUGUGGGUCAGGAUUAAGGGGCAUCGGCAGAGCUGGGCUAGCGGGGGACUACAGGUCUGGAGCGAGGGGCACCCGUAGCA